AUGUCAUCGUCGGUAUCAUCGUCACCUCUCUCAUAUUCUCCAACUUCAAGUCCUGAAUUAAUUAAAACCAGAACUCAUCACAAAUCCUGCCAUAUCGAAAUUGGCCUACUGAUUCUUUUUCUUUGUUUAACAAUUCCAAGUUUACUGUUUCUUACACUUAUUUAUCGACGAACGACAACAUAUUCCCCUCCGACAACAUCCAUAUCACCGUCGACGCUACCGGAUUCGCCUUUUUUCAAAUUUGCAUUCAAUAGAAACUUCCAUCGUAAAUCAUUAAUCAAUUAUCCUCAAGCACGUUGUAUGGAUGAUAGUAUCGCUUCGUAUUAUAUUCGUUUAUCAACAGUAUCGAAUAGUUCGCGUUGGUUCAUCUACUUCGAUGGUGGAUGGUUUUGUUAUUCGAACGAAUCGUGCUAUUUUCGUCGAUUAUUCUCGCCGAAUUUGAUGACUUCGAAUGGUUUUGAUGAGAAAAAAUCUUCUAUAGGAAUCUUUUCUUCAUUGAAACAGUAUAAUCUUAUUUAUGUACCAUAUUGUUCGUCUGAUCUUUGGUCAGGCUCGUCAAAUGAAAGUCAUUCACAUGGAUCGGAUAUUUUUCAUGCAAUAUUCGAUGAUUUGAAAUCAGAUAAACGUUUUCAAAAAGCUCAACAAAUUAUCUUCACAGGAUUUUCUGCCGGUGGUCUAGGUCUUUUAUUAAAUCUACCUAAUUUAUUACAAAACUUUCCUUCGACUAUCGAUCUUCGUGUUAUCAUCGAUUCUAGUUGGUUUAUUGAUUAUCCUGGUAGUAUUAACGGUAUAUCAAAAAUCAACGAAGGAAUGGCCUAUUGGAAUACGCAAAUUCCCUCUUCCUGUCAUUUGAAACCUCAAUAUCGAUGUUUCCUAGGAAGUGAAGCAAUUCGCUUCUUUCCACCACAUGUUCGAAUCUUAAUUAUUCAAUCUCUACUCGAUCCAACCCAACUACAUUUGGAUGAUGUGAAUCUUCGUACGAAUGACUUUUCACUUCAACUUAGAGAAAGUCUUCAUCAAGCCAACGAACGCGUCUCAAUCUUUGCACCAGCAUGUUCGACGCACGGAUUUUUAUUUCGUUCAUUGUGGUCACAAUUUGAUAUUAAACAACGAACACUCGCUUCUGUUCUUAAUGUAUGGUUAAGAAGGAAGAAAAGAACUCAUCUACGAUUAAUUGAUCAUCAAUUUGAUUCAAGUUUUUGUCCACAAAGAGAAAAUGAUGAUGAGUUGUACUAA